CAAGUUGCCAUAUCAUUUGGCGCUCUCCUCCACAGAACCACAGGUAAUUGCCUAGGAUCCCACAUUGCAUUCACCUCAAAUUCUUAUCCGCAAAGAACCAUGGUGGACUCAUCUCAAACAGAGCCAACAUGGCCGGAACUUCUCGGCCGCGACGACUGGAACGGCCUCCUCGACCCUCUGAGCUUCAGCCUCCGUCGCCUAAUCCUUCGCUGUGGCGACUUCUGCCAAGCCACCUAUGACGCCUUCAACAAUGAUGGGAACUCCAAGUACGCUGGCAGCAGCAGAUAUGGCAAGAACGCAUUCUUUAACAAAGUCAUGCUCGAAUCAGCUUCUGAUUAUCAAGUCUACUGUUUCCUCUAUGCAACUGCAAAAGUCGACUUCUUUCAAGCUCUCUUCUUGCAUUCCCUAUCAAGAGAAGCCUGGGAUCGUGAAUCAAACUGGAUAGGCUACAUUGCUGUGACGACCGAUGAAGUUAGCCGAGUACUAGGCCGUAGGGAAGCUUAUGUUGUUUGGCGCGGUACCUCAAGGAAUUACGAAUGGCUUGAUGUGUUGGGAGCUAGACCAGAGUCAGCCGAGCCAUUGUUGCGCCCUAAACCAUGGGAAAAAAAGAGCCCGGAUGACAGUAGCAGUAGUGAUGAAGACGAGAAUGAGCCAAAAGUAAUGAACGGUUGGCUUACAAUCUACGUUUCUAAUGAUCCCAAUUCACCUUUCACAAAAUUGAGUGCAAGAGAACAGCUUUUGGCUAAGAUUAAUGCACUGAGAGACCAGUAUAAAGAUGAAGAUCUGAGCAUAAUAUUAACAGGGCAUAGUCUUGGGGCAAGUGUAGCAAUUUUAUCAGCAUUCGAUCUAGUCGAAAACGGGGUUACUGAUAUCCCAGUUUCUGCUAUUGUUUUUGGAAGUCCUCAAGUUGGGAACAAGGCUUUCAAUGAAAGAUUGAACAAAUAUCGAAAUCUGAAUGUGCUACAUAUCAAGAACGAGAUCGAUCUGAUUCCGCAUUAUCCGAGUCGAUUACUGGGAUAUUCGAAUACAGGAAUCGAGCUGGAGAUUGACAACAGAAAAUCGCCAAGUUUAAAGGACUCGAGGAAUCCGAGUGACUGGCAUAAUUUGCAGGCUAUGCUUCAUGUUGUGGCGGGUUGGAAUGGUAGUGAAGGGGAAUUUGAACUGAAAGUGAAAAGGAGUUUGGCUUUGGUGAAUAAGUCCAGUGCCAUUUUAAAUGAUGACUAUUUGAUUCCAGGUUCUUGGUGGAUUGAGAAGAAUAAAGGGAUGAUUCUUGAUGAAAAUGGAGACUGGAUUUUGGCACCACCAUCGGACGAGGAUCGACCUGUGCCUGAAUUUUGAAGGUACUCGAGUGAUAAAGAUCUAAUGCUAAAAAAGGUUUGGCGUUUCUACGCUGGCCGAUUCUAAAUGCUCUUUGUGUUGCCUUCUGGUUUCCAAGAAUUGCAGAUUCUCCGUUCCUUUCACAUAGGUUGGAAUUUGGCACUAAUCUAUAAUGUGCUUUUUCUUGCUUUACUUUAUGGUGUAUGUUGUGGAAUAAAAGGUUUGGCCAAACUUAUAAGUAGCUUAUUUGGGUCUUUUAUCGAGUGUAAGCACUGUGUGAUAAUCAAUUUUAGUAUCAAUUUUAGUAAUCAUGGGGUACUUUUUA